GGCUGCGGGCGGGGGGAGCCGCGUCCCGCUGACGGCGCCCGUCUCGCGGUGGUCGGGGAGGCGCCGGCCGGUUCUGCGUCGCGUGAGCCCAGCCGGAGCCCGGGGGGGGUCGCAUCAUGUGCCAGGCGGAAUCCCGGUGCUUGAAGGAUGCCCCUGGGAGGUCUCGGUAGGCACCGAAGGCCUCAAACUUUGGUAGGCGUGAGAAGCGGGGACGUUAGGAUUGUUCCUGAAAGCUCCUUCAAGGAAACGUGGUUCCAGCUUCCCAACGGCUGAAACCCCCCAACGCCCGUGCUCGUGCGUGGAAGGUGAGGCCGGCGGGGCAGAAACGCUCCCCCUGCCCUCCGCCUUGGAGCUGGUGACUGUGCUCUGCUGGUGAUGGAAAGCCACGAAAGGGACUUGGCACUUGUCUGGUUUCGUGCGGUGGCCUGAAGUCCCGGAGGAUGACCUAGCACUUCGCCCAACAAACCGGGCCAAGCUAAAGGCCAGGUUGACUUGAAAGAACCCUAGUGGCGGGGCCAGGUCGGGAGCAAAGCGCGUCCCAACCUGCGUGCGUCUGGUCCGAGAUAAAUUCUUUUUAAGAGACUUUGCGUUACUGGAGCAGGCCUGGAUCUUUUAGCAUCCACCUGAGCUGGAAGCAGCUCGUAGUUCUUUUUGUUUUGUUUUUUAAUUCAUGUUUGUACAAUCUUCUGGAUCCUUUUCUUUUUCAAGAAGGAGUAAAAGGGAGUGUCGGAAACUCACAAACAGGAUUAAAACCCUGAGCGCUUAAGGAAGGCAGGUGAAGGAACUUAAUCCAGGAUGGAUAUGCAGGAGCCGCAGCAGCUGGGUAUGUUUGCCGAGAGCGAGCUGAUGUCUGUGGGGAUGGACACCUUCAUCCAUCGCAUCGACUCCACGGAGGUCAUCUAUCAGCCGCGGCGGAAGAGGGCCAAGCUCAUCGGCAAGUACCUGAUGGGAGACUUGCUUGGGGAAGGCUCUUACGGCAAAGUCAAGGAGAUGCUGGACUCUGAAACCCUCUGCAGGAGAGCUGUGAAAAUCCUGAAGAAGAAGAAGCUACGCAGGAUCCCCAACGGGGAGGCAAAUGUGAAAAAGGAAAUUCAGCUCCUGCGACGGUUACGGCACAAAAACGUUAUCCAGUUGGUAGAUGUAUUAUACAACGAAGAGAAGCAGAAAAUGUAUAUGGUGAUGGAGUACUGUGUGUGUGGGAUGCAGGAGAUGCUGGACAGUGUCCCAGAAAAGAGGUUUCCAGUUUUUCAGGCUCAUGGGUACUUUUGUCAGCUUAUAGACGGCUUAGAAUACUUGCACAGCCAAGGGAUUGUCCACAAGGAUAUAAAACCAGGGAACCUCCUGCUAACAACCAACGGGACGCUGAAAAUAUCUGAUUUAGGCGUAGCAGAGGCAUUGCAUCCGUUUGCAGAGGAUGACACGUGCAGAACGAGCCAAGGGUCGCCAGCAUUCCAGCCACCAGAAAUCGCCAAUGGCCUUGAUACCUUUUCAGGCUUUAAAGUAGACAUCUGGUCCGCAGGGGUCACGCUAUACAACAUUACAACGGGUCUAUACCCCUUCGAAGGGGAUAAUAUAUAUAAGUUAUUUGAAAACAUCGGGAAAGGCGACUUCACAAUUCCAGAGGAUUGUGGUCCUCCACUCUCAGACUUAUUGAGAGGGAUGCUUGAAUACGACCCAGCCAAGAGAUUUUCAAUACAGCAGAUAAGGCAGCACAAUUGGUUUCGUAAGAAACAUGCUCAGGCAGAGACUCUGGUGCCCAUACCUCCCAGCCCAGAAACAAAGGACAAGUGGAGAAGUAUGACGGCGGUGCCUUAUCUGGAAGAUCUGCAUGGCUACAACGAGGAUGAAGAUGAUGACUUGUAUGACAUUGAAGAUGAUAUCAUCUACACUCAGGAUUUCACAGUACCAGCUGCAGAGGAGGAAGCUGAGGCAGGGCUUGAAGGAGAGAGCAGAAGUUGUGACGAGCUGUUUGGAGAGGAAGCUGUGCUCCCGUCGGCCACGGGCACGGAAGAGGAGCACGAAGCUUAGCCUAGGCCCCAAAGCGCUGCCCUCGUGGGCUUCCUGUGGCCUGAGCUAAUGGCAGAGGCUGGAGAGUGCAGGACCAGCUCCUCUCAUCUCCUCACAUCCCCCAUGCUUCAGCAGGAUCCCUCCUGUCUCGGAGAAGGCUGUCUUAUUGCAAAAGCAGAUAACUCUGUUCUGCAAGGGAGUCAUUCCCCGGUUUUUGGCUCUGGAUUUUAACCAAAGGCUAGCCGAAAAGGUGCAGCGUUUUGUGACCCCUUUUAGAGGGGGUUACUCUGCCUGUGCCGUGCAGCCUGCGCCUGCAGACCUGCCGUGCCGAGCGACCUCGUGCGGAAGUGUUCCUGUCUGUUCUCACUCGAGUUCAAACGUUGGAUUUCUUUAACUUUCCUAGCGAUGGCUAGCCUGUUGCUGCCUGGUUUACGCGCUUCUUUGUGAUUCUUUGUGAUUAAAACACGGAAACUUAGGAAGGCUUGCAAAAUUGGAGUGGUGGUGUGCCCAGCAGGCCCAGGAGAGCGACCUGGCUCCUGUGGCUGCUGCCGAGGGUCUCUGGCCUGCAGCUGGGCAUCGCCUGCUGGUGUCAGUGUGCCUGGGGAACCGCUGCGCUCUGCAGCUCCUUUGGAGCAAAGCAGUGGGGCGCGCGAGAUCCUCUUCUCCCUCGAGUGGUGGUUAGUGCUGAGCCCCCGUGCCCUCAGGUCCCACCUCCCUGCUCUCAGCCACCUCCUGCCCCGGGGAGCUGGGGCUGAGGCUGAGCCUGGGGAGACGGGACAAAUUCUUCCCCUGCAGCCAAGCCACCUCUGGCUUGUCCCUCCCUCCAGAGGGCAGAAAGCGUAGUCCAGCGUGCCCCUAGGUUGCCGGAACAGACUUGAUUCAGACUGAAGCCCUGGGGGGCUGAGAGCUGCUCUGCUGCCGUGGGUCAGGCUCAGCUCCCUCCUGCUGGCUGCGGUGACGGUCAGGCUGCUCACGGGACUUGUCAAGGCCCCUUAAAGUAAGGCUAACAAAAAAGGGGGCUGGUGCGAUAGGAUAGAGAGGUGCAAUUUCGAGCUUAGGGGCUUGCAAUGGGCAGGAAUCCCCCCACCCCAAGUGCAGCACCUCUCCCACCAGGCUUCGAGGAGGAACAGGGCUGAGGAGGAGCCCAGCAGGGGAGCAGGCUGGAGCAGGCUGCUCCGGUGGGUUCGUGUGACAAAAAAGGCUGGGGGCAGCCUGCGCGGAGAGUAAGUCUUGGUCU